AAGGGUUAAGCAAUGGAAAAAAGAGCAGAGAAGAGAAGGAUAGUAGUGUUGGUUCCAUUUCCAGCACUAGGACAUAUCACACCAAUGAUACAACUCGGUCAAGCCCUUCAAUUAAAGGGCUUCUCAAUUACAGUUGCUCAGGGACAAUGCAAUCAAGUAUGUUCUUCUCAAACCUUCUUUGGCUUUCAGUUUGUCACCAUACCAAAAAGCUUACCAGUGUCUCAACUUGAGAGCCUUGGACUAGUCGAGUUUCUGAUGAAGCUCAACAAAACCAGUGAGGCAAAAUUCAAGAACUGUAUAGCUCAGUUGUUGCAAAAACAAGGCAGUGAUAUCGCAUGUAUCAUCUACGAUGAGCUCAUGUACUUCUCUGAAGCUGCAGCUAAGGAGUUCAAGAUCCCCAGUGUCAUAUUUAGCACUGGCAGUGCUACAAAUCAUGUUUGUGGCUGUGUUUUAAGCAAAUUCAAUGCCGAGAAGUUUUUGAUCGACAUUGAAGAUCCAGAAUUGCAAGACAAGGUGGUUGAAAAUUUACAUCCAUUAAGAUACAAAAACCUACCGAUUUCCGGAAUGGGGCCACUGGAUCGAUUUUUAGAAAUUUGUAAGGAAGUAUUUAACAAAAGAACAGCUUCAGCUGUUAUCAUCAACACGACAAGCUGUCUAGAGAGGUCGUCUCUGUCAUGGCUGAAACAAGAACUCAGAAUUCCACUAUAUUCAAUAGGCCCUCUUCACAUUACAUCUUCAGCGAAUUCUAGUUUACUGGAACAAGACAGGAGCUGCAUUGAAUGGCUGAACAAGCAGAAACCGAGGACAGUCAUAUACAUAAGCUUUGGAAGUAUAGCUCAGAUGGAAACCAAGGAUGUUUUGGAGAUGGCUUGGGGAUUGUGUGAUAGCAAACAACCUUUCUUAUGGGUCAUCCGACUUGGCUCUGAGUCAUUGCCAGAAGAACUGAGCAAAAUGGUGUCAGAAAGAGGAUACAUUGUCCAAUGGGCACCACAGAUAGAAGUACUUGCACAUCCUGCAUUGGGAGGGUUCUGGAGCCAUUGUGGAUGGAACUCAACGCUCGAGAGCAUUGUGGAAGGAGUACCAAUGAUUUGCAUGCCUUUUAACGGUGAGCAGAAGUUGAACGCAAUGUAUAUAGAAAGUGUUUGGAGAAUAGGGAUUCAGUUUCAAGGUGAAGUAGAAAUAGGAGGGGUCGAGAGAGCUGUGAAGAGGUUGAUCGUGGAUGAUGAAGGUGCAGAAAUGAGGGAGAGAGCCUUUGUUUUGAAAGAGAAGCUCAAAGCCUCUGUGAGAAGUGGAGGAUCCUCAUACAAUGCAUUGGACGAGCUCGUCAAAUGCUUGGCGACAGAGUGAAGAAGCUGAACUUCUAGAGAUGAUCAAACUUGUGUAGGUAGCCUGUGAAUCUUUUUUUCAAAUAUGCAAAACACUGAUAUCUUAGAUGAAGCAGCUUUGCCAAUGUUCAAAAAAUCGCUAGGCGGUGGCUAGGCGGAUGAUAAGAGACUAGCGCCUAGGCGGAUUAGUCGGAGACUAG